AUGUCGCCUGAAAAAUGUCUGGAGCAUUUCCAUGAUCCACCGAAAUGCCAAGCAAAGAACAAACUAGUUUACAUCAAAACUCACAAAACAGGCAGUACUACUCUGGCGUCUAUUCUGGAACGAUUUGGUUAUACAAGAAAUCUUACAAUGGCAGUACCUGAAAUUAGACAUGGUUUUCCUCGCACCGGUCUCUUCAACCGUAGAAUGGUUUGGAAAAUUGAUAAUAUUAGUAGUUUUGAUAUGCUUACAAAUCACGCCAGAUACAAUCGUCCAGAACUUGAUGCACUGAUACCAAAUGCAACAUAUAUAACAAUAUUAAGACAUCCUUUGGCGCAGUUUGAAUCAAUGUUUGGUUUCUUUAAUUGGGGAAGACAUAUACAUACCAAGGAUCCAAUCGCUACAUUUGUAAACGACCCUAAAUACAUAAAUGCCACCAUUUCCGGUAGGGCAACACAUAAUUCACAACUAUUUGACCUUGGCUUGAGUUUAAAACAGACACUUGAUGAGGACACAGUAAACAAAAAGAUACAAUCACUAAACAAAGAGAUGGAUUUAGUAUUAAUAACUGAAUAUUUUGACGAGUCCUUACUUAUAUUACGUGAUUUACUGUGCUGGUCAGUGGAUGACAUAUUGUACAUAUCCAAUGGUGUACGAAGACAGAGUGCACGACGAAAUUUGACCCCUGCUGUCAAAAAGGAAAUACUGAAGCGGAGCAAAUCGGAUUUGUACCUAUAUCAUCACUUUGAAAAAGUAUUGUUAAAAAAGAUACAAAAGUAUGGUGUGUGUUUUGAACACAACCUUCGUGAAUUUCGAAAACUUCAAAAUGAAGUAUUUGAGAUGUGCAUCGAAAAUAAUGUGUCAAAACAACUAAAAAAAGGUCUUGUUGAACCCGUUCUGAAGAAAAAUUCUACAGAGUUCUGCGUUAAUCUUUGGAGAGGAGAUGUCACAUUUACUGGAUUAAACAGAAAAAUGCCCACAAUUUAA